AUGGCUCCCACUGCACCAUCCUGCAUGUCAACCGACCUGCCCAGCCCUGGGCACAGGCUGUGCCCGGGUGCACUGAAGGUCAUCGGCCACAGCCCCGGCACCACCACCUCCCUCCCCUGCCUGCAUGGCUACCCAAGCGCCAUCUUCCUGGCACGAAGCGAGUUUGACGGGUCUCAGCCCAGCCCCUCACCAGGUCCUCUGACCGCCCUGGGGCUUGCUGGGGUGUGGACAUGCAGCUCUCGGGGCAUGUCAGGGACGCCGGUGCUGCCACGGGGAGCCAGGCGGGCGCCAAUCCUCCAGACGGGGCGGCCGCUCCCACCGGCACCCUGCCUGCUCCCGCCGUGGAGUUACCAUGGGAAGGCAGCGCUGGUGGCGCAGGGGGAGCGCAGGCUCCCGGGGGCUCCCGCCAGCAGCCCACACGCUGCCAGGAGAGAUUUCUCCCUGGUUUCAUCAUCCGCUGCCUGCCCUGAAGGAGAAGUUCCUGCUUCACGCACGGGGCAGCAGCCGCCCCUCGAGGGCUGGGGUGCAGCGGGGGCCGCGCUGGGGCCGCAGCCCCGCCGUGCCCCUCCCGCCCCCGUGUGCUCGGGCCUGUCCCGUUCGUGCCACGUGUGCACUGAGGGUGCACGGCAGCAGCUGGCAGAGCCGCGCUGCCACAGCCCCGGGCUCAGCACCGCAGCGCUGGGGACAGCCCGCGCCCGGGCAGGGGGGCUCGGAGGGUCCCCAGGACCUGACACGGGUGUGCCCCCCCGGCACACAGCUGUCACCUCCGCACCCAUCCCCGGCACAGACACUCCUAGCCCUGCUGCCCCGCUCUCUCUGCUGUGCCAGAGUUUCCCCUUCUCCAUGCGCCCACUUUUAAGUUUCCGAGCUCAGUCCCUCCCUCCCAGCACCAGCAUCACCACCGAAGCCUUGAGCGGCCGCAGCUGCCUCGUUCCCCCGGCAGUGCCCCCGGCAGUGCCCCCGGCAGUGCCCCCGGCGCGGCCGGGGGCAGCCAGCCAGGGGGACGAGGACAGGUACGGCAGGGCUGGGCGCACGGGGCAGAGUCCACCGGUGCCUGGCAGGUGCUACCAUGACACCGAUCCCGGGGGACCACUGCACAGCCGAGAAGAGGCACCCACUGCUGCUGCCCACUGUGCCAGGGCCGAGGCUCACCAGCUCACCAGCGUGGCACAGCGUGCUGGGACACUGGGAUACCUUCCAACUCUACCAAUAUGGGUGCAGAAGGGGCUCUCCGAGUUGCCUUCCUCCUGCAACGGUGCCGUCCCCAUCCGGUGCGCCAGGCAUGCCGCCAAGCUGCUCACCAGGUUGGGAAGGGGGGGUGGCAGCACGCAGUCACCCGUGGGACCCUGGCUGAAUGGAGCAGCACCGCAACAGGACCACAGCGGAACCUUGGCAGCCGCCCCGGCACGCAGCGGGGACCUGCCGAUGUCACAGAUUUCCCGCAGCCCCGUGCGCAGGGACCGGGAACAGCCCACGAGUGACACCCCCCGCCCCACGGGCGACGUGUCCACCGGCUCCGGCGGCGGGCGGGGACAGAGGGGCCGUGCGGCGAUCGCGUGCCAACCGUGCCCACCCGCUGCCCGCAGCAUCCCGAAUCAGCGCGACUCACCGCAACCGGGCGGCAAAAAGCGGUCGCCGCACCGGUCCCCGUCCCGAUCCCGCUGCCGGUGCCUGGGCGCGGGCCCCGCGCAACCUGUUUGGCCGCUGCCGGCUCACAGGGAGGCAGCGGCGGCCUCGGGGCUCACCUCGGCUCACCCCGGCCCCCCCGCGCCUGGCUCCGAGCGCGGCCACUGCCCGGCGCUAGCGGAAAGUGUGAGGAGCCACCGCCGCUCCGGGGCUGCCAAGGCAAACACGGCCCCGCGCAGACGUUAUGUCAGUGGGCGGGGGGGGCCGCGCCGGGGCACAGAACGGGACCCCCACCCCUUCGCCAGGCCCCGGUACCGGGCACCUGCCGCCGCGCCUCGCCCAGCCGCCCUCUUCGCUCCCCUCGGCUCCGUCCCUCUGACCGUGCACCUGCAUCCCCGUCCGGGGUACCGGCCCGCCAGGCUCGGGGCUUCCGCGGGGCGGAGAGGGGAACCCGCAGAACAACCUCACCCUCCGCGCGGCUGCCACCGACCCCCGGCUCCAUCGCUCCCCGCCCGUCCCCUCGGGCCACGGUUCGCCAUCGCCGCUGCGCUCUGCCACUGCCCGCGGCUGUGCUCCCGGUGA